UUAGAAUUUUUUAAUUUCAGAUAGUAAGAUGUUUUUGUGUUCGUAGUCCUGUAUGUGCUGAGGGGGUUAGGGUGGAAUAAUGAAUUUAAUGGGAGAAGAACUAGACCAGAACUGUACUCCCCUUCUUACAUUCCAGGAAAGUUUGCAGAAGGUGUUCUCCACAAAGCUAGGUAGUCAAGCUUAUCAGAUGGCGGCCUCUCUUUCGCCUUUAGCUUCAAACAGACUGAGUUCCAUGUCAAGAUCUUUAAAGUCAGUUCUAGUAACUGGCGCUAUUGGAGUUGUAGUGUAUGUAUCUAUCUCCUGGAUGACCAGAAGAAGAAGAUCGGAAGAUAGGGGGUCAGGAGCUAGAACUAGGAGACCAAGGAACAAUUCAUUCAGAUCUGCAAAUGUUGCUAGCGAUUGUGGUUCGGUUUCAUCAACUCCUUACAGAAGUUACAACUGGAUUGAGCUGCAGAAACAUUCAGUAUCAGAUCAGGAGAGUAUUGUGAGUAGUGCUACCCUAGUGGACGGAACACAACUAGCUCCUCAGCAGCUCGGUUUAAUGGGUAUGGAAGCUCUUGAAACAGUAAUAGCAUACUGGGAGGAUGCUUUAGCAGCAUAUAAUCCUACAGCGACGAGUCUUGUUCUUACGACAAGCGAAGAAUCAGAAUUUCGACGAAGUGUUGAGGAAAUACUAGAUUUAGCCUACCAACUGCAGGAUAUGUCAGAAACACUAUUCAUUCACCAAAACUCUGUUCUUAAUAAACGUGAUGCAUUCCUUCAACAGAAACAGGAGAUGCAGAAAGUGGCUGAGCAGCGAAGAUCUCCAAGUAUAUCAAGAAGAACAACAGCUCUCAGUGUAUCAAGUCUGGAUGAUGUAAGCUUUGUCUCCGCUGAGGAUAGUAUCGCAGAUCUUAGAGAUUUUGACGAGAAUAAUGAACCUUUGGAUCUAGAUAAAUUGGUGUUGUACAAGGCAGCUUUAGAGGUACACGAAACCAGUGGAAUUCCAUACAGGGUAAUGCGAACUGAUUUUCUUGGCUGUGCUUCUGAUACAGAUUAUUUAGCUAAACUGCAUUGUCUUAGACUGGCUUUCAGAGAAAUAAUGAAGGAUAACGAACUAAGAGAGUGGUGGACAGACAACGGGAGAAUUAUUCUAGUUCAGUUAUUGGUGAAGUCUGAUAAGGACCCGAAAGAUUUCCUCAUUGCCUUCGAUGAUAUGAUAGAGUACCUGACAGGAGACGCAGUUGUUAAACAGAUGGAGGAAGAGCUUUCAUCCAGGAAUGUUCGGUGCAUUAAUUUCUACGAUGUUUGCUUAGAUUAUAUACUUAUUGACUCAUUCGAGGAUUUAGAAUCUCCGCCCAGCUCCGUCCUUGCAGUCAUGAAGAAUAGAUGGCUAUCAAACAGUUUUAAGGAGUCUGCUCUACAGACAGCGCUCUGGUCGGUAUUUCAGGCAAAAAGAAGACUUCUAGUGCAUCCGAAUGGGUUUAAAUCAAAAUUUUAUAAUGUGUCAGAAAUUUUAACGCCGUCCCUGGCGUGGGCGUUUUUUGGUCCUGAUGAGCAUUUAUGCAAAUUAAUGAACGAGUUUAAAACUGAGGUUUUAGGGUUUCUAGGAGAUAUAUUUAGUUUUGGUAGAGUUGAUUAUUCAAGUCUAGAGAAGCUCAGAGAAUCAGUGAUGACCGUUGCUCAAGAAAGAUUGGGAAGUGUUCAACGCAAACUUGAGGAAUGAUCUCAAUAUUAUAUCUGAAUCUAUGCACUAAAUAUAAAUGCAAUAUCUUUUACGCAGUUUCACAUACCUCCUGGACUUUUUACUAGACUAUUUUACAUCACUUUAAUUUUGAUUCUUAACACUGUAUAAUCUUAAACUAAUCUUUCGGUUUCGUACUGCAGUGAUCUGCAGUACACUAACCUUAGAAAUAGUGGAUUUUAGUGAAGAAUGACGUAAUAACUUAAAGGAACUUGCUCUUGUUUGCAAGGAAAUUUAGAAAUACAAAAGCUGUAGUGGUUUUUAGCUUCGUUUCUCUAUAAAACUUUACUUACUGUAGUCUCAAAAUUAGCCGGUUAUUGUACAAAGUAAUUGUAAACAUGGUCACAUGACAACAUUAAAAUUAAAGCUGUUUUGGAUAUGUCUGAAUUUAAAUGCUUUAAAACUUAUUAAAAACUGUUUUGAAAUACUGUUUCAGGAGCUUUCAAUAUUCAUUUUCUAACGUUUAUACUUGUUAAGCCUUUCCAGAACAUUUAUCUUAUUUUUUCUUCAUUCUCUGUUCUUAAAGAUUGUUAACAAGUCGCUUUAUGUAAAAUAUUAUUUAUUUGUUGAUGAAUGUUGAUGAUAUUUGUCAAUAAAAUGCAAACAGUUA